UACAUAGCCCACCAUGAACCACCACAAAGAACAAACAACAGCCACCAUCGACAUAUCUGCUCUCAUAGCUCAAAUCAUGUCGUCAGAGAGCAGCCGCCGAGGCCCAGCCUUUCAACAACCAGCGAUCAUCAGAGACCCGAAUUUGGAAGGAACGAAUAUGGGCGCCACAAUGACCAUCCAUCGUGGCUCGCUGGUUUCAUCUGGUGAGGUGAAUGAAAGUUGUGGUGUUAACAUUUAUGUAAAUAACAAUAUACAAGGGUUGAAUAACUCGAUAAUGAUUGGAAGCCGGUUGCAUAUGGGUGAUCCGGGAGUAUGGUUAAGCUUGAAAGAUUCAAAAUUGGAGAAGUGGUUUACGAAGAAAGAGAAUAGUAGUGCGGGUUUUUUAUCUUUCGGAUUUCAUGUGUUAUUGAUUUUGGUGAUUGUUUUGGCUUUCACCGUGAUGUAUUUCAUGUAAGUUGAUGUAUAUAAUAGUUGUAGGAUUGUGACACGAUUAAUGGCAGAUCUCAUGGUCUAUUGAUUA